AUGUAUGAAUUGUUGGCGGAAAUCGACUCUCUUCGACGAGAGAAGCAUUCAGCUCCAAGUCAGCCUAGUCCCCGUGUUUCUUUCCAGCCAGCUUAUGAGGGCUUGCAACCAGACACAUCACCAAUCUUGACCCAGUUUCGUGAUGAGGGCUCCGCACAGGAGCUUCAAACCUGGGAAAUCGCAGCUGAAGAACCAGAUCUGUCGUACAGAAAUGCCCAAGACCCUCCCCUGCCUCUUGCGUCGACGACAUCUCUACCACGUGUCUUGCAAGAUCUAUCAGUGUCGGGGGAGGAUGUCGACGCUUGCUUCCAGAUUUUCUUACAGCAUUACCUUUCCUACGUGCCGAUCCUAGAGAAUUCAUUACGUCCGGAUGAUUGUUAUGUCUACUCUCCCUUGCUCUUCUGGACCAUUCUAGCGAUUGGUAGUAUGCGUUUUGAACGCGAUCCCACGUUGAUCAUUGCAAUCGGUCCUAUGGUUAUGGAGCUGGCCAAAGAUGCGGUUUUUUCCUGCAAGGACGUUAUCGCCACCAUCCAGUCAUUCACACUACUCUGUACCUGGCCGAUGCCGGUAGAGACUCUGGAACGGGACCCCUCUCCAGCUUUGGCAGGGGCGGCUCUACAACUAGCCAUAAACAGUGGUCUUCACGUUUGGGGGAUUGGUCAAGACUUCUCUCGCCGGAGACUCAACCCGGGUGGGCAGAAUUCCGUGGAUUUUCGGGCCAAGCUCUGGGUGAACUGCCUGAUCGUCUGCCAGAGGGUAAACAUUGCCUUUGGCGUAUCUCCGCCAGUACUCCCUGACACGUAUCAGCGAGAGAAAUACAGUGAAAGACUAUCUGCGACAUUGACCCCCAGCAUUGAAUUCCAGAGGCGACUGUGUCUUAUCCACAGUGAAGGCAUCAUAACUCUCGAGAAGACUUUGAAUUCUAAAGUGUCCGAUGCAUAUACUGUGGCUCUAAAGUCAGAGAUUGAAAACAUUGUCAGCGACUUGAAGAGUCUACGGACGAGAAGUCCAUCUUCUUUUGAUCAAUUUCUCCUGGACGGAGCUGUGCUUCAGAUCUCUUGCUUCCACAUGCUCCUUCCUCAAUCGGCUCUCAGCAGUGAGACGCUGUUUCAACUGUAUGACAUUGCGGUCGUUUUCGCUGAGCUUGGAGCGGAGCUGGAUCAAAAACAAAAGAUUGCAGAGCAUGCGCCUCCCUUCUUCUCGAGAAUCAUGUUCCUGGCAUGCUGUGUGAUAUUGAGGAUUGCAAGGUCGAGCUUACGCGAAGCCCUGGACCUCAAGAAAGGGCGUGAAGUUUACUUCAAGACUAUCAUCCUGCACAAAAGACUUUCGAUCCGGCAUGACGACGCUUACUCGAGAGCCACAGUCAUUCUGUCCCAGCUCUGGUCAGGCAUGAGCUUGCUGUAUGAUUGCUGGUGGUAUUGGCGGCAAGAAUUCCAAGGACACCCAGACCCCUACCCAGAUGAAGAAAAUCGGAGCGAUGAGUCCGAAGAGAACAUGGCACUUCAGGCGACUCCGACCUCUACGGACUUUGGUAACAUGGAUUUGUGGUGGCCGUCAUACGAAAUUUUCACAGGCACCAAUGCCCAGGAUGCGGACUCGAGGUCUGGAGGCCUGGGAAACUUGACUGAGUUGGAGCCCAAUCUCGCCCCUGCAUAUCACAGCUUGCAUACUUUGCCAUCCCCGUUCGCUGCAGCAGGCAGGUCCGAGCAGUUUCCUCCCUGA